AUGAGCAUUGGACUUUUAAGGCAAUUCGUUUCAAGAAUAUCUUGCUCGUUACCCAAAUACCGUCCAUUUAUUAAAACUAUGGCUGACGACAUUGAAAGAACUCAAACCCCUAUUAUCUUUGCGCCUGAAACUUAUCAAUACGACAAGUCUUCACUUAACGAAUCGCAACUGGUCAAAGAUCCAAUAGAACAGUUCACUAGAUGGUUCGAAGAAGCCAAGAGUGAUAAAUCAGAAACCCUGCCAGAAGCCAUUACCUUUUCGUCUGCUGAGUUACCAAGUGGUAGAGUCUCAUCAAGGGUGUUACUUUUCAAAGAACUAGAUCAUCGUGGAUUCGUUAUAUACUCUAACUGGGGAACUUCCAAGAAAGCUCGAGACAUCCAAUCCAACCCCCAUGGUGCGAUCAAUUUCUUUUGGAAAGAUUUACAAAGACAAGUCAGGGUGGAAGGUUUUACAGAACAUGUUAACCGUGAAACUUCGGAAAGAUAUUUUAAGGUAAGACCCCGUGGAUCAAAGAUUGGUGCCUGGUCUUCACCACAAUCAUCUACCAUCAAGAGUAGAGAUGAACUAGAUCAAUUGACCGCUGCUAACACUAAAAAAUUCGAAGGUCAGGAAGAAAUUCCAUGCCCGGACUACUGGGGUGGAGUGAGAGUGGUUCCCCUCGAAAUUGAAUUUUGGCAAGGUAGACCAAGUCGAUUACACGACCGUUUCACCUAUAGGAGGAAAAGUGAACAUGAAGAAUGGGAAAUCAUUAGACUAGCACCAUGA